GCCAGCUUUGUGAUCUUUUCGUGUUAGCCGCGAUUUAUUUAAUUAUUUAAACACAGCAGCUGUUCAAUUUCGCAACAAUUUCUAUAGAAACAAGCGCCAUUUGCCUGGCAAGCCGGAUUAUCUUAACGCAACAACAAUCAAGCUCAACAAACGUGCCAAGCUGCAGCCAGAGGGCAACGCACAGCAACAAUAACAACUAACCACAAAAUCUGCAACCGCAACAAGCCACAAUCGGCAAAAUCAUCAACACUGGCGCGCCAGUGGGCCGGACGGGGCCGCGCCGGGCUGGCCAACGGACAGAGACUCUCGUCCGUGUCAGUUGCAUUUUGACAACGCCAACGAACCGCAAACACCCGCGCAAAAGUCAUGACAACUGCUGCAGCUGCUCCGACGUCUACUCCCCCGGCACAACAGCCAGCAGCAGGAGCGGGAGCUAAGACUCUAAACGCGCUGCUGCACAUGCCCGCGCAGAUGGAGAUGAGCCAAAUUGAGUUGAUCUAUCGGGCGGAGGGUAAUGCAAAUUUGGUGCUGGCAUUGCCGCAAUUUAAAAAAGUUUUACGUUUGCCAAAAAUGAUAUCCAGCAGUCGGCGUCCGCUCUCACCGAGCCCGGCACAGGCCCAACAAAACACUUGCCAGCCGACGGCGAUGACGACCGUCCCAGCCGGGCCGGAAGGACAGACCACCGUUUCCGACCCAACGCAGGCGGCAAGCGCAAAAGCUGGCGUCUUGACAAUGCCGGAUUUUAUGGCUUAUAUCGAGAUAAUGCGCCGUCUAUUAGGAAAUGAGUUUGUCUGUGCGGCGGAUAUUGUUGCCAUACCAAAGGAAAGCGAUAGAUUCUGGAUAAACGAGCACAUACGCGCCCACAGGCCGGUUGCGCGCCUCGAUAAGGAAUUUGUGGGGCCAUUCGGUCUGCUGUUGCCAGAUGUGACCCAAUUGCCUGCCACAUUCGAUGUUCUACUUGCCAAUAUACAGGCGAAGGACAUGAACAUGGACACGGACAUGGAUGCGGACAUCUGCAGCAGCAGCAGCAGCAGCCAGAACAGCCGGAGCUCUGGAAUCAGCCGCCUGGGCGAUACAUAUGCGAUCGAAAUAAAACCGAAACAGGGCUGGCUCCAGUUGCCAAGUUAUGUCAGCGAUUUAUUUGAUUUAAUGCCAACUGGCGACGGCACAAUGGACACAACCUCUGAACCGGCUAAGGUGCGGCCAACAGUUCAGUCGAUGUUAAAUCCAGACAAAUGCAGGUGUCGCUAUUGCAGCAUGCAGCUCGUAAAGUUGCAGACGGGCAAAAUCAAACGUUUGGGCAACUAUUGUCCAUUGCAGCUCUUCUCCGGGCAACCCGGUCGUAUGCUCGAUGCCUUGAAUGCACUUUUCGCUUGUCCGCAAAAUAAUUUACGUGUAUUUCAGAGCGGCAAUUUAAUUUAUGGCGAUCACGCGAAUUCGAUUUCCUGCGAGGAGCUGCAUACUCGAGUUUUUCCAGGUGAAAUUAUGGCGCUUAUAAAACAUUUGCUGGUCGCCUGCCUGCUCAGGGAAUACAACAACAGCGCGGAUGGCCAGAGUCCGUGUGGCAGCCACAGCCACGUGGCAGGCGCUGCUGCAUUCGGGGAAUCGACAUUCAAACGUUGUGGCACGAAGACAAAAGCUACAGAAACUACAGAAAUUGGCGUGGCUAAUGUUGAUGCUGCUGGGCAGCUGAAACAGAAGCACCAGCAGGAGCAGGUAGUCGAACAGCAGGAGGAGGAGGGCGAGGCGCAGCUGGGCGAUGAGUUUGUCAAAGCUGUUGCUGGUCAGCCGCAGAGACGCGGCGGCGCGAGAGCAGCAGCUGCUGAAUACACGAGCCAAAGGUACACAAAGCGUGGCAAAAUGGCAACAACAACAAGCGAAACAACAACAAUUGCCCCAACCUGGUUGCCAACGAAUGUGGCAAUGGCAGCAGCUCGCACGGAAAUGGAAGCGGAAAUACUGGCGACGCCGACGGCGACGGCGACUCCAGCUUCGACUCCGCAUUCGCAUCCGAAUGAGACUCAAGCACAGAUCAACAAAUCGGAAAUAUUUCACUUACCAAAAAAUUGUGUGCUGCAAAAAAUUUUGCAUUUGCAAUUGCUGGUAAAGCGGCAUUUUCAUUAUAUGUGGCUAAGGGGCUAUGCUGGCCAUGCCACGCCCAGCUACGAGGCGCUGCGACAGCUGCUCAGCUGUCGUCAGUGGGAUAAUGUGAAUGAGCUGGCCGCCGAGCAGGCGUACAUGCUGGGCGCCACGGCACUUGACUGCUCCAUAAUGCUGACGUUUCAGGAGAUAUGCUGCCCGGCCAAGCACAACAGCGCUUUGCAGCCCUGGCUGGUGGUCGUGCGGGGCCGUCAGUUUCUGACCAAGCUGAGCGUGCUCGAUCUGGAUCCGAAGCCCGAUAGUCACUUUCAUAAAUUUAUAAAGCACACACGCGAAAUUGAAAAGGUUUUGCAGAGCAUUAAAUUAAUUAAAUAAAGUCUCGACGCCCAGCUAAAAACGCGCGCAUCGAAUUCGCAGCGCACAAAACUGUGCUACACAUUUUUUGCUCCCAAGCGCUGCGGCUUUUGAUUUACCCUGGCAAAGGAUAUUAUAAUUAUGACAUGUGCUGUGCGACGCUUAGUAG